AUUUCUUUGCUGGCCUGCCUGGCAGUAGUGGCAUGUGCUAUCAUGUGCCAGAACUCCACAGGAUGAGAAAAUUCUGACAGAGCUGCAUUUUCAACUCAAAAUGUCAUAUGCACCUCGCAGGACCUCAGUGAACUCUAUCGAUAUAUUGUACAAGGACCAGCAGAAAAGAGACAGACUAAUUCAAACCCUUGAGAAAUACAAGAAGGAUCUUGUACAUGGUCUUCCUGCCUCUCCAGUCAAGCGCAGAAGUAUUUCUCCAAACCAGCAGAAGAUACCAGAAACUGGACAACCCCAUACUAAUACAGACGGGGCACUGUUGGAAAAUGGUCACCCAUUGUCUGGUCAGAGCAACUAUCCUAGGACAAAGAAAGAGCAGCCCCUCUCUGUAUCAUGUCAGAAGUUCACUUCAAGGACUCUGACGCUGGCUCCUGCUGCAAGAAAGGCUAUCCCAAAUACUGCUCUGUAUGCUUUGUCUCAGACGCCUGUUCACAGUCCUAGUGCCCACCGAUCAUCUGCUUCACCCCUCCUGCAGCCUCACAUGCCUUUGGGCAGUCACAAUAGGAAGAAGGCAUUUCAAAACUCUGUUCAUAAAACCUACACUGGGGACCUCCUUGACAAACAUGCAAUUUACUUUACAGAAAAGAAGCAAUGUUUUACUCCUCAGAUCUUGAAGACAUCACAUCAAGCUUUUCUUAUAAAAUAUAAGUAUUAUAAUCCUCCUUCCAAAAAAAGGAGCUCCUCCCCAGGCACAUCAUCGAUUAAAUCAGCAGGCAUCAAAAACAAAAAGAGAGAAGGCUUGCACAGAUUUUUAGAGGAUGAACAUAUGAGACCACAUUCUGCUCACUUUUCUCAGCAGCCAGUUGAGAACCAUGAAUUGUGGAGUCAUGAUUCUGAAAUGCCAUUUACUCCAGGAUUACAACUUGAAGAAUUAGAAGAAGAGUACCUUUGUUUUCUCCAGGAUCUUACAAAUGAUAUUUUGAUUAGAAGUUGUUUCCAAAAAGAGAUGGUGAUGGAUGUUAUUGUUACAACUGUCUCAUUCCAGUUCCCAGCCAAACUUGAGCUGGCAACCCACGGAGUCUUCCCUAGCAAAGUUCACCAGAGCAAGAUUCUGUGUUUAGAGUUCUUCCUCCCUGCUAUCAAAGCAAAAUAA